UUGUUUUUUAUAAGAGAGAUGCAACGUGAAAUUUGCACAGCCUAAGAUACUUUGAAAUUUGCAACUUAUCUCUUGCUUUCAGCUCUCAAAAUUGCAAUCAUCUCUAGCUCUCAAUCUCCCUCACAAAUGGAGCAAGAGAACCACCCCAACGUCACAAACAUAGCACUAAUAGUUGGGGUAACAGGCAUGGCUGGCUUGAGCUUAGCAGAAGCCUUAAAAAGCCCCAAUGCCCUUGGUAGCCCAUGGCAAGUCUAUGGCGCGGCUAGGCGCCCCGAGCCGAGCUGGUUCCCGUCCUCCAUUGUCGACAAUUACAUCACCUUCGACGCCACAAACUCCGGUGACACACAUGACAAGCUUGCCCACAUAGCUAACAAGGUCACCCAUGUCUUUUGGGUAGCCAUCCAAGUACGUGAAAAUGAAGAAGCUAAUGUUAAAGUUAAUGCAGCCAUGCUAACCAAUGUGCUCAAUGUCCUAAAAUCAGGUCCAGCUUCACGGCUUAGCCACAUAACCCUUCAAACAGGCACUCAACACUACAUGGGCCCAGUCCAUGAUCCAGCCCAUUUGGCCCAUCUCAUCCCUCAUGAGCCACCAUUCAUUGAAGACUUGCCCCGCCUUCCAUACCCAAACUUUUACUACGCGCUUGAAGACCUCAUGGCAUCACACGCGUCGUCGUUGACCUAUUCCGUGCACCACUCGUCUAUCAUAACCGGCGCGUCUUCAAGAAGCGUGUACAACGCGCUGCUGACGAUGGCCGUGUAUGCAAUUAUAUGCCGACAUGAGAACAUGGCGUUUAGGUUUCCAGGUACACGUUACACGUGGGAGCAUUUUUGUGACAUGUCAGACGCGCGUGUACUGGCGAAGCAACAUAUAUGGGCAGCUGUUACGGAUAAGGCUAAAAACCAAGCCUUUAAUUGCACCAAUGGUGAUGUUUUUACAUGGAAGAGCUUUUGGAAAGUAUUGUGUGAAAUAUUUGAUGUUGAAUUUGUGCCAUUUGAUGAGGCUGAAGAGUUUGAUUUUGUGGGGUUGAUGGAAACUAAAGGAAAAGUUUGGGAUGAGAUUGUGGAAAGAUAUGGGCUUUACAAGACGAAAUUGAAUGAGAUUUGUUGUUUUGCUGCAAUUAAAAAUGUUUUACAUUUUGGGUUUCAACAUGUUUGUAGCAUGAAUAAGAGUCGUGAAUUUGGGUUUUUUGGGUAUGCAGACACACUAAAGAGUGUUGGGAUGUGGGUUGAGAGACUCAGAAAGAUGAAGAUUAUACCUUCAAGGUAAGGUUAAUUACAACUAACUUUGUUAUUACUACAUGAUGUUUUUUAUGAUGUACAAGGACAUUAUAAUUUUAUUUUUAAAUAAUUUGUAAGACAUUUUCAUUAAGAUUCUUGAAUGUACUCAU